AUGGCCUCGUUCUUCGCAAAAGCCAGGGAACGCGCCGAAGCUGCUGCUCAGCAGUUGCAGGCACACCACGCCGCUUCUUCUACCACCGGCAAUGCCUCUGCUUCGGGCGACACCACCGUUGCUGGCGCCGGCUCUAGCUCCGGAUCUGGUUUCACAUAUACAGGCUCGGUGCCUCAUCUCUUCCGCCAGGGUCUUGCCUCGGUCGAUCCGCGCUACGAGUCGACACGUCAGUUCCAUCUGCUCAGUCAAGCUGUCAAGGGCUUCAAUAUCGACCACGAGGCUGCUGGUCGCGAGGCCAAGGGUCUUGCCAAAGCCACCUUUGUCUGGGGCCAGCACCAUCUUCCCGAGAAGAGGCACGACGGUGUCGGCGAUGAGAUGCUCGCAGACGUCACCGAUCGCCUUGCCUACGUGUGGCACGAGAUCGGUCAGCUCGAAACUGCCCACAGCCAGCGAUCCGAGCAGGCUCGCAGCCGUCUCAAACGCUUCGAAAGGACCGAGAUGGAGCUAGGUCAGCGAAGAGCAAAUCGCAGCAAGCUCAAAAAGGAGCUUCACGAUCUCGUCCCUGAGCGUGCUAUUGCAGCAGGAAGUACACGCGUCCAAGAGACACAGAGUCGUCUUCAAAACCUCAUCAACGACGACCAGGCGGAUGAAGAGUCGCUGAGUCGUCUCAAACGCGAGAGUGUCAAGGACGGUUACGCUGCCAUGUUUGACAGCCUCAUCGAGCUCGGCGAAAAGAUGGCUCUUGUCGCCCGUUACGGUAAGCUGCUCACCACACUGGUAUCCACCGACACGUCGCCUUUCCCUGCUGCGGCCAAGCCACGCGGAGACAACAUCCCUCUCUGGGAUGGCGCAAUCAAGACUGCCGACGUCCGUGCAGCUCUCGCUUCUGCGCUCUCGUCGUUCCAACCCGAUCUCUCGCUGCCCACUUUGCCAUCAUACUCAACACCGUCGACCACCAGCAGCCUGGGUCGCGCCGACACAAUCUCGUACGGUGUCUCUCACAAGGCAGAGCUGCAAGACAAUCAAGACACAGCACCAGCCGCGUCCCCUGUCCAGGCUCCAGCUGCUGCUGAGCCUCUCUCUCCCCGCAGGUUCAGCGUGUCGUCGGACCGCGGCGAUCUUCUCCAGCCGGGGGGGCCCACCGCCCAAUCUGGCGGCGGCAGCAGCGGAUCGGCUCAAAAGCUCAACCUCAGUCCCACCGCCCUUCCUGCUCCGCUGCUUCCGCCUCGUCCUCAGCGAAGUCCUUCGGCGACCGCAUCUGACACACUGCGUUCGCCCUCCGCCAAUCCAUUUGCCGAUUCUGCUGCAGCCAGCUCUGCGAUUCAAGACGAGGAAGCCCAUUCGCCUGCGGGACCGCCUGGUCCUACUGUGGCCGAGACCGGUGUGGUGCCCACGGGUCCUGGAGGGCCCAAGUCCGGCACGCUCCGACCCCGUCGAUCCUCGGCGAGCCAACGAUCUGCGUCCAUUUCGGCCGGUGCCGUCGCCUAUCUCGGUCCCACUGCCACGUACAGCCACCAGGCCGCGCUCAAGGUGUUCGGUGAGGCGGGCACCAACCUUGUUCCUAUGCAGAGCAUCACCGGUGCCAUCGACUUUGUGCGCCGCGGCACGCCGGGCAAUGCCAAGAUCGCUAUUGUGCCGGUGGAGAACAGCACGUUUGGGCCGGUUCGUGACACGUUGGACAACCUGCUGGGCAUCGGCAACGGUGACCGCCAUGCUUUCAAACCUUCGGAUGGCGCCCAGCUGCAUGUGGUUGGCGAGGCGUGCCUGUCUGUCGACCAUGCCUUGCUCUGUGGACCCAAGACAUACCAUCAUCUGCUGCAGCUGCAGGGCGAUACUGAUCCGAACGCAUCCAUUCGCGACGACACGUUGUCCAACAUCACCAACGUCAUCUCUCAUGAGCAGGCGCUUGGUCAAUGCUCGCACUACCUCACUCGCUACUUGCCGCAGGCGCAGAAGAAGGCGGUCGAGUCCACCGCCGCAGCUGCGGUCACGGCUCUUGAAUUUGAGGCAGGUACUGCGCCGGGCAGGUCGUCCACCUCAGCCGAUCAUGCGCUCGGAUUCUCGUCCAACUCGCUCGUGGCCGCUGUAGGAGCUGAAGCCGCAGCGACGACCGUAGGAGUCAGAGUACUUCGCUCGAGGAUUCAAGACGUGAAGGACAACCGCACUCGCUUCCUCGUACUUGCCAGCGAGCCACUGCAAGCGCUGCUGGCCACCAAUGCACUGCCUCGGUCGCUUUCGCGUCUGUACAGCCCAUCGACGCCGGCUGGCAAGACCGGGCGGACGCUGCUCAGCAUCAAUGACGCACUUGUUUCGGAUCUGGCGGCCGAGGCCGGCAGCUACAGCCAUCACGACAGCGCGUUCGAUAUACUGACGACACAGCUGCAUAAGCUGGAAGGUGUCUCGGUGCGCAAGGUAGAUCGACGACCAGGAUCGUCGGCGAGCACGAUGUCCACGGACAGCAGCGUGUGGCGCAGCAGCUAUCUGUUCGAGCUGCAGUAUCCUGCCGCUACUGCCUCCGUUGCCGAAGCCAAGAUCCACCAAGUGGUGGCCCAACUGUCGGUCGGAAGCUCCGCAAGCACUACGCUUGGAGACGCAACACCGAUCAAUUAUCUGGGCAGCUGGCUCGUCGAUGAACUGACGCUGCGAGGCGAGGGAACCCACAGUGCCAGUUCUGAUCAAGCACCGGACGCCUCACCAGCCACGGGCUCAGCAAGCUCCAGCUUCCCCCAGACCACGCUGCCAGCUUCCUCGCAACUGACCGGGAGAGAAAAGAAGGAAUUGGAAGCGCAGCAGGAAGCCGCUGAGGUGCAAAGACACGCAGUGCAGGCACGCUUCAGCCGCCAACAGCAGCAGGCGGACUUGUACGGAGUUGCAGCACAAUCGUCCGGAUCGUCAGUCGCCGGCGGUGCUCGCACGCAGCAGCUAUCCGGCCUGCAGGAGAGCGAAGCUGAACAACGUCUGGACGAGGAAGAAGGACUGCCUGCCUAUCAGCCGCUCGACCCUGGUUCGCAAAGCUGA